AAUAAUUUGCGUUUCGGAGUCCGCCCGUUUCUCCCGUUCUUCGAACCCCGACUGCGCUCUCUCCACCCCCACCCCACCCCCCCGGUGGCUUCCUCUCCCUACCGAUCUCCACGAAGCUUCUCCUAAUUCCCUCUGGCGUUUCGAAUUCUCGAUCAAAUUCGCUUCCGGGCAUCGAACUGGAUCGGUUCUCACGGUAGUUGGGUAAAGAGUGAUGUCAGAAAGGUAGAUCGCUCGGUUCUUGAUGCGUUCUCGGCCUAGCGGAGGAAAAGGCACGUUCUUUUCUCUUCUUCGAAGCGUUCGCAGCGUUUUCUAGGGUUUCCAACAGAAGAAUUUUCUCUGUGGGAGGACCUGGCCAUGGAGUAUGAUCCCUCCGAUAGCAGCGGGACUGAUGAUGACCUUCCACCAUCACAUCAGAACAGGGGUGCAAGAGCAGGGCGUGUCACUGGAAAUGGAAGAACUAUCAUUGCUGCUUUUUCAUACCCCAGGGUACAGAAUGAUAUGGAGACUCAAAUACACCUGCUUGAGCAAGAAGCAUACAGUUCAGUUCUUCGAGCAUUUAAGGCUCAGUCGGAUGCCAUUACUUGGGAGAAGGAAAGUCUUAUAACUGAACUGAGAAAGGAACUGAGAGUAUCUGAUGAGGAACACAGAGAACUGUUAAGCAGGGUUAAUGCCGAUGACAUUAUUAGGAGAAUCAGGGAAUGGAGGGCAAGUGGACACCAAACUGGCUUGCUUAAUAGUGCUCAAGCCGCACAUGAUCCAGUACCCAGCCCCACUGUUUCAGCUUCUCGCAAGAGACAGAAAACAUCUCAGCCUGUGCCCUCUCUAUCUUUGGGUGCACCAUCUCCUGGACUUCAUGCACAACCAGUUGCCACUUCCAUGCAGCCAUCAUCAGCAGCGUCAAAACGGGGAACUGCAGCAGGAGCAAGGGGCAAGAAGCCUAAAUCAGGCCAGACAUUGCCAGGUGUAUCUUCAAUGAAGUCCAUGCCAUAUCCUUCCACUGGUCCGAGUGGAAGGGGACAAGUUGCAAACAGGAGUUCUACAGGUGCUGUUGCAGAAGCACCACCAUUCGAUCCACUAAUCGGACGGAAAGUCAUGACAAGAUGGCCUGAAGAUAAUAACUUCUAUGAGGCUGUAAUAACUGAUCACAAUCCAGUUGAGGGUCUCCAUGCUCUGGUUUAUGAUAUAGGAACAAAGAAUGAGACAUGGGAAUGGGUUAAUCUCAAAGAGAUUUCACCUGAAGAUAUUAGAUGGGAAGGUGAGGAUCCAGGCAUCAAUCAUCAGCCAGGUCGGGUUGCACCAGGUCGUGGGGCUAAAAAGUCUACAGGCCGUGGUGGUGCCAUUCCAGGUGCAGGAAGGGGAAGAGGAACCUUGAAGAAUCAGUCCAAGAAAGAUUUUGCCCCAUCGCAGAAUGGCAUUGGGAAGAAACGCACUGAUGACAUUGAAAUACUUCAUACAGACACUCUAAUAAAGGAGGUGGAGAGGGUCUUUGGUGCAAGUCAUCCUGAUCCCUUUGAGAUCGAAAAGGCAAAGAAAGCGUUGAAAGAACAUGAACAAUCACUAAUCGAUGCAAUUGCAAGGCUUGCUGAUGGCUCUGAGGGUGAUAGUGAAGAGGGAGGCCAUCGGUACUUGCAUGGGCUAUCCAUGGACCGAGAUCAAGGAUGGAGGAACCAGCAAUAUGCUGGGAACCAACAUGGAGCAAACUAUGUGGACAUGGCAGGUGAAGGUAGAGAAGGUUCUGAUGGUGACCACAUGGUUGGGGAUGGUGUUGCAUCAGACUAUCGGCAUGAUGGUGACGACGAUGACAUUUAACUUGUGGUCAACCAACCUUAAAUUGACAUCCAGGGAAGCCCCAUGCUCUGUAAAAUGCGGUCACUAAUAUUUAUUUCUUACCACAUGGAAAAGUAACAGCGCGGGAAGGAUAUCUCUGAUCAGGGUCCAAUCUUGGUUGUUAUUAUUUUAGUGAAUAGGCUGUGACAUGUAAAUUGUUUCAGUAAGCUAGAGUUUUCAUGUUGUAGGUUGCAUCAAGCUGGUUCUGUAGGUUUUGUGUCAUUCUGAUUUUAUGUUUUCAUGCAAAGAUUCGAGGAAAGAGCCAUAUAUAACAAUGAGGUUUACCCCGAUGGAAGCUCGUGAUAUGCUUUG